UCGUUACUCCCACCGACGCAGCCCCAAACAGUUUCUUUCGAAACUAUCAGCCUUUAUCCAAAAUUAUAACUGUUGCAUGCGUAGUUAGUUUUCCUGCGUUCCCUCUGCGUGGAAAGCUUGGUUACCAAGUUGUUGUUUGGCUGCUACUUGAAGAAAUACGUGGGUGUACGACUUCUCUUCUGAAAUUGGAAGGGCUGUUAACGGUGAAGAAGUCAAACUGUCUGUGAACUUGAGGCUACUUGGUUAAAAUUUCCUUGUUUUCUAACGAUGGAGUUACCUGAAAUAUAAUCCCGUGUUAGAGGACAAUAUAUUGGCAUCCACCGAACAUCACUUGUUUGAUGGACAUUGCAUCAGAUCCUUUAGUUAAAGAAAUAGUUUGGACGAGAUAAGAAAUGUUUUCGUUGUCUAUGUGAGUACUGAUAUUGUGUUUACACCAGCUAUGGUCAAUUUGAAAGGAAAAAUUCCUAAAGAAGAGUGUCUGCUAGGUGAAGCUCAGCUUGCAGAAAGUGUGAACAAAGACACUUGAGAUUUCACCCAUGGAAAUCAUUGACGGGCAACCAAUGUCUGAAGUAGACGGCCAAUCAGCUGAGGCACACUCUUCUGCCAUCAGUAUUGAAACAGAGUUUACUCAUGAGAAAGAUUUUAUUGUCUUUACACUGUCACUUGGUGCAAAACCAGAACAGGUGUCCGCUGCAAAUGAUUCAGAGAAUAAAGUUUGUUCUUCUAGUGUGAACAGUGGGAAUAGCGCUGCGGCUGAGGAAGGUUUUGAUGAAAUGAGAUGGUCAUGUUCAGAUGAUUUAAAAUCACAGCAAGGUUUUGCAGAGAAUACAUCUUGUCUUAGUGAAUGGGAAAAUGUUGAUACUAUGAACAAGUCGUCAGGAAAUUUGUUGGUGAAGAAGGAAGAGGAAAUACUACCUGAAGUAACGGCUUCUUUCAGAGAAGAUUUUUCACUUGAUUUACAAGCUCCUUCUUCAAGUUAUUCACCUGAAGAAUAUUCCAAUGAUUUGAGAUUAUCCUUGUCAUCUUCACCAACAAAUGAAGUGUCUAACAUUGAUGAUGUGUUAGCUUGUGUAGCAAGUGGAAAACAGCCUUUUCCUGAUAUUUAUCAAGCAACUGAUGAUAUUGAUAUGCAAGUUUUGAGAAGAGUAGUAUCCACACUGACUGAAACAUCAAUAGAAAGACACUGUAGUUAUCUUGGAGCUGACAAGGAAACUGGAGACACCUCAACAACAACUUCUAAAUUGUUAGCCUUAGCAGGCAAUGAGGAAGAUCGCAAGAAAAAUAAAAAAUACUCAGAGGAAGAUAUAUCAGAUAGAAUGUCUGCUAAUGAAGAAGACAAAACAAAUGAGGAGCCUGUGUCAGAUUCUGAACAUCUUGAUUUGAGCCAGAAUGGAGACUGUAGCUGGUUGGGAGAAACAGCUGGCAUUUCUAAGUCACUAACAAUAGACAAGGAAGGUUCAGAAUCUCUAUGUGAAGAUACUCUUGCUGUCUCGGUGGGUACGCAGAAAGAUGUCACUCUUGAAAAGAAGAAGGAGACUCCAUCUGGUUGUAGAAAUCUUGAUCAACCUAAUAAGAUCCAAAUCAUAGAAGUCAAGGACAACCCUUAUGAAACUCCCCUUCACUUGUGUCUGCACACAUUUUUGUGCGAAUCCUCCUGUCGUUUAAGACAUCAUGAACUGAUUCAGCUGUUGUGUGCUACACCUGACCAUCGAAGUGUUAAAGUACCCUCAGUGGAAAGUAAAUCAUUACUAAAUUUCAGAAACUAUCUGAAUGAUAAUUUGUGGCAUAUCCAUCGUGAUAUCCCAGAGCCAUCAUCAAAACUGCGUUUUCCAAUCGUUCACCUUGCCUGUCUUCUUGGUAAAUACAAGGCGUUAGAAGAACUGUCCAAAAUUGGUUUUGACCCUGUGAUCCAGACAUCAGAAACCAGAGAGACGCCUUUACAUAUGGUUAUGCGGUUAAUCCGUCAUUUUGAAGGAACUAUGCACAAUCUCUUUCUGUCUAAUGCUGUUGUAAACAUUUUUAAGACUUUGAGUCGCACAACCCCUGUAAAGGUCUUGUUGUCAAUGAAAGAUUGCAGAGGAAACACAGCUUUUCAUUCCUUAGCGGAAAUGAUGGGCCAGGGAAAGCUUCCCUUGCCGGCUGCAAUGCUUCUUGUUUAUGUGUUCAGAGUUUUCGUCCAUUUUCAGCUGAAAGAACUAAGUUCUUCAGAGGCUCGGUCGGCAUUGUGGACUUCUUUAAAGAAGAGAAACGACAGUGGGCAAUCUGUUGAGUCAUUACUCAUGAGAAGUCUGCAUGGCGCACCACUGUUGAAGUUCCUCCAACAUUUAUGUGAUACAAGGGAGUCAUCCCCCACUCUGCUGGAGGGCCAGGGGAGUGCAAAGGUAAAUGGUGGGCACAUACAGAAAGAAGGAUGCGUGGAAGCUGAGUCAGAUAAAAACUCGCCUGGACUUCUGAAAGAAAACCAAGGGUCACUUAUAUCUCCAAAGAGCAGCACAACCACUGACCCUACAAAACACUCGCACGCUCAUUUACUGAGCGGAACGGAACAUGAAAGUAUAGUGGACUUUAUUCUUUCGUCUCAGUGGGCAAUCAGCAACUCAGACAAAAGAACCAUUUUGGCUCAAUUCCGUGCGGAGUACGAUGCAAGACUCAAGUCGAUGGAGAAAAGGGUUUCAGACGUGAAGCAGCAGUUACCACAGACGCUACGACAACUUAAAUUAAAACGAAAGAAUUUGGAGAAAGAAGCUCGUAGAGCUAAAUCGAGAAUAACUUGGAGUACAGGAGCAAUGCGGAAAGCCAUUGACAAAAGGAAUAAACAGCGACGAGAGUGUAACAAGAUUAAUGCAACACUCAGUUUGGUCCAUGAACUCAAGAAAGCUAUUGAUGGGUAAAAUUACUUGUCCAUAGUCAUCUGGUUUAAGUUUUAAAACUUAGAAUCUACGUCCAAAUUUGUCACACCAGAACUCAAAACUUCCAGCCCUUUUCUAUCCUCGUCGAAAGACUUAACAGCUCUAAAACAUAUAAUAUCGUCCAAGAGAAGAUCUACGCAAGGAAAUAUGCUUUGAGAUGUAAAAUUUCAUUGUUUUAUACAAGAAGUAGAUAAUUUUUUGCGUGUUACGUAGCCGCUUUCUUUGCAGACCAAGCAUAAAGAAAUUUAAUUGUGUAAUCGCGAAAUUAUUGCAGUGGACGGGAAAGCCACAUUAGAUGUGUUGUUAAAAUCAACACGACAGAUGUGGGUGGUUCUCAGAUGGCAAGUGUUUUGAUAUUUCUUUUCAUGCCAAAUCGCAGUUACAUAGUUGGGAAACAGAAGAACGUUUCAUCGACUUUUAGUUUUAUAUCAACGUCCUGUUUUUCACUUGGAGUGUACAUAACCAAACUGACAAAUACUUCAUUGUUGUAAUCUAAUUUGCGUUAACUCUCCCACUGUCCUACGUAUCAUUGUUGUCGUCUUGUUAUUUUGUACGAACUUAACUACAGUAAUCGUCGGCACGUCCUUAUUUAAGAGUUGCUUGUAAACAGAGACAGGAUCAAUAAAUUUAUUAAAGAUAAAAACUAA